CAUAAUCUUCUCAAGUGUUUACGCAGAAUAUCGUCGGCUAGUGUGGAAUGAACUCGAAAUAUGUGCAGCAAAGUAUUGCCGUAUUUCACAUCUGGAAUUAUCGUCAAGGGUUUUGGCAGAGGCUCAAAGGCCCUUGGCGUUCCGACAGCUAACCUCCCGGAAUCCGUGAUCAAUGCAUUGCCGAACGACUUGAACACUGGAAUUUAUUAUGGCUGGGCCUCCUUGGAGAGACGAGUUUAUAAAAUGGUCGCAAGCAUAGGGUGGAAUCCGUAUUAUAAGAACGAAAAGAAAUCACUGGAAGUCCAUCUGUUGCACAAAUUCCAAGAUGACUUUUAUAGUGAAGAGCUUAAAGUGAUUAUCGUUGGAUAUAUACGACCAGAAAAGGAUUUUUCCUCCGAAGAGGAACUCAUCAAAGAGAUAAAGAACGACAUCGCAAUCGCGGAGAAGAGAUUAGAAGAGCCUGUUGUAAACAAGUUGAAGAACCAUGACUUCUUAAUCAAAUAAGUAGUUAGAAAGCUUUACUUAACAAUGGAUAUAUUAUUUCAUUUAUAUCUCGAUAUGAUGUAAGAGUUGUAAAACUACAAGCAAUCUCACGAUCUGUAAAAGAAAUUAACAUAUAAAUAGAUAUUAUUUACAGUGUAAUUAUAUCAUCAAGUAAGUCAUCAAGAUUAUUUAAAAUAUAAAGAAUAUUUUCUCUA